AUGUCCUACAUUGUUUUUGCGGUGGAUAGCGCCGAUCGACUGACGCUUCUCGGCCCCCCCACCCCUGAGGGUCCUAACCUAAAACAAAUAGCGCUGAGCUUUAUUCAAGCCCCGAAACUUGCGCGUCGUACAUCUACAGGUGAGUUUGGACCUGAGGAACCUUUUGCGUUUGAGGCGGCGGAGUUAAUCCGCAACACCUUUAUUGGAAAACCUGUAAAGUUUACCGAGGAUUAUGUCAUUGAUGCGCUCCAACGACACGCUGGACGCCUGAAGCUUACCAGCGGUGAGGAUGCCUCUCUUCUACUACUGCGGCACGGGUUCGCCACCGCGCCGGAACGCAUCCCGGCGCGUAUGGAAAAGGCAUUGUUUGCGGAGUACUCUGCACUUAUGGGCCAGGCAAGAGUGGCAAAGAAGGGUCUUUUUGCGCCGGAUGCGGCGUCGCACGCGCGGACUCUUCGCGAUCUCACUGUGGAUGAGACUACCAAGUUGGGGGAGAAAUUGAAGGGAAAGGCCAUCCUCGUGCGUGUCGAACAGGUUUUGUUGCCGACCAUCUGCAUGGUGUCGGGGGAAAGUUUUCCGACCACGCACAUAGCAGUGCACAUGCCUGGUGUGACGGUAAAAGACCCAGACUGCUUUGGCGUCUCUUCUGCGGCGCGUUUUCAUACCGAACGCUACUUGCUACACCGCAGGGUGAAAAUUGCCUUUGAAGGCGUUGAUAAUUUUGGUAAUAUUCUCGGUUCUGUUACUUCCUCCAAGGGCGUCUUCCAGACUGAACUGCUCUCGCGCGGGUUUGUCAAACUCAGUGGUGCCACUUUGGAGUUUACAAGCCAAGCCGACGCGUUGCGCGCCGCCGAAGCGGAGGCGCGGAAGAAGCGGCAGGGAUUAUGGGAAAAAUGGGAGGAGCCGACGGAGAAAAAUACCCUCCAGGUCAAUUAUGGGUCCGCCGCGGCCGCCGCCCCCGGUAUGCCUGUGAAUAACGCUAACAGCGGUGCGGGGCCAGAGUACAAGGGACCUUUGUCCUUUAGUGCGGUGGUGGUGCAAAUCGUCAACGGUGACACCAUCACCGUGCGCUCGGACGAGUCAAAGGAAUUUGUUCGCCUCUCUCUCGCCGGUGUACGCUCGAGUAAGAAUGUCACUCGCGAACAGGACGGUCGUUCCCCCGAGACGCGCGUGACAUACACGGACUACGAGUGGGAGGCGAGGGAGUUUUUGCGCACACACUACAUUGGCAAGCGUGUGGUUGUCCAGGUGGAGUACGCGCGGCAGAUUCCAGAGACGAAGGAAGUUCGACCGGUAGCCCUUGUUUCUAUCCCAGACACGGGCGCGAACAUGGGUGUCUCUUUACUGGAGACGGGCUACGCAACCUUUCAGCUGGGCAAGAAUGAUAUAUGCUCCGCGGCCUCUUUGUUACAGGGUGCGGCAGAAAAGGCCCGUGAAAAGGGUAUUGGGGUAUACGGCAAAGGAAAACCUCCGGUGCACAAGGUUGUUGAAUUGAGUCACCUGGGGAGUGCUCGUGGGAAGUACUACCUUAGUUUCCUGCAACGUGGCAUGCAAGGUAGCCGUCCGCCGCUAUUGAAGGGAGUUGUGGACGUGGUGAUUGGCGGGAGUUCCCUUCGCGUGUACGUCCCGAAGGAGAAUUUUCAGAUUCCGGUAAAAGUCGCAGGCAUCAUCACUCCUAUGGGCGCUGCAAAUAGUUCAGAGACUGCCGAUCCCUUUGCAGAGGAAUCAAAGAGCUUCGCCGUGGGUAUGCUGCAGCAGUUUAACGUGGAGAUUCAGGUGCAUACGGCGGACAAGGUUGGCAAUUUUAUCUCCUCUGUUUUUCUUGCCGACGGCACCAAUUUUUCGGUUGCCACCGUAGAGGCAGGACUGGGGACGGUGGCGAAUGCGGAUCGUCUUCCCUAUUACCAGCAGCUUAUUGAUGCAGAGCGGAAGGCGCAGAGUGAACAAAAGAAGAUUUGGUCCGACCAAUCUUCGCUUCCGCAGCGUGCGGUGAAGCUUGUGGCCGAGCGGAACGCCAGCGGUGUCGAGUUGUUUACCCGUUCCUUUGGUCCAAGGGCGGUGUUUUUCCCUUGCGUGCUGUCAGAGGUGGGCGAGGACGGGUACUCUGUCUACCUGCAGGAGCAAUCUGAAGAGGUGGAGCAGGGCCUAGAGGCACUGCAGGACCUUGCGAAACAGGUCUCAUCGCUGAAUGGAGAAUAUCAACCCAAGCGUGGCGAACUUGUGGUUGCGCGGUACAAUAAGGAUAAGACGUGGCAUCGUGCCAAGGUGCAGCACGCUAAGAAAGGCGACCCAAUCGCCACGGUCCUUUUUGUUGACUUUGGCACAGUGUCAGAGGUGCGGGUGAGGGACGUGCGAGCCAUUCCGCGUGGUCCGGAGUUUGCGCUCCUGCGUGACCAGGAGCCGCUGGCCCGCCUUGUGCGCCUCGCGUUCCUCAAGUCGAAAGUGCCGGCCGCAGAAACGAACGCCGGUUAUGCGUGCGACGUCAUAUAUGACUACACCGAUGGCGCUGUUAUCGCAAAGGAAGUGUAUGAGGACGGGCGGGGCAACGUGUACUGCACCGUCACUGUGAACGAGAAUGUUUCUUCGCUGAGUGAGACCCUGCUGCAGCGGGGUGUCGCGUUACUCGACCGUGCCGCGGCGACGGUUGACCCAACGGAGUAUCAGCGGCACGAGGCGGCGCAGGCCAUCGCGCGGCGCGGUCACAAAGGAAUGUGGCAGUACGGCGACAUUGACGACGAAAGCGACGACGCUUAG